AUGAGAGGUUUUGGUAUCUGCUUUUUUCUGCAGGUUUUAAAUAUAAUUAAGCAUGCUACUGCCGCAUUAGAGGUAACUCAACAAGCAAAUUCUAUUGUCUCCUUGCCCCUUAUGACAACUGAGACCCCCUACACAGCAAGCAGCAUUGACUCUCUGCCUAAAAUGGAGCAGACUAGAGAUUCAAGAAAUUCUGAUACUUUCCAAAAUCCCCUACGUAUUGACCCCAACAAGAAUGUAAGAAUGCAAAUAAGUGAGUAUCCAAAGGCAUAUGCAGACGGACUAAGAAAUGUGACUUUGUAUCUGGGUGACUUGUAUCUUGACUAUGAUGAAGUCCUUGCGAGUGUCAUGGGCAAAGAGGAAUAUGCAGAGUGCAAUGAGUUGCUUUCAAUUAUCAUGGAUAAAAAGGAUAUAAAUUCAGCAGCCAGCACGAGCUAUAAAGAAUCUUCUGUUAGAACUAAAAAAGCCCAAGCAUAUCCACUUGUAAGUGGGCAGGAGUUAUUUACAUAUAUGUCUGUGAAUAAUCUUCUAGUCUCUGCGCCUGCCCAUGAAGAAAUAAAAGAAGAAUGCGGAAAAAACCCAGAUGACUGCAUAUAUCAACUAGAUAUGGAUAGUAUUCUUGAGAAAACAGAUGAAACAAGAAGAGCAUUUAGUAAAUUUGAGUCUAAGCUGGAGAUACUGCAUACUAAUAUGGAUAAACUAAACAGUAAUGUAAUUGCGGUGCAAGAUGCAAAGAAUUUCAUCCAGGAUUAUGGCGUAAUGAUGCGAACAUUCUAUGGGUUUCUUGCAGAACAAUUUAUUUUAGUAAUAGAAAAUACACAGAACCAAGAGGUUUAUUCGCCAGAUGCUGUAGACAGUGUUGAUGAGCUGGUUAUUGAUUAUAUAGAAGGACUUUCAAAGGCAUAUGAAAUAUCCAAGAGACAUGGAUUUAAUGUGUUUGAAUCUUCAGAAUGUAACUUAAAUAUGCUUAUAUUGCAUUAUGUAAUUAUUAAUGCAGACAUAUUCUCAAAAGACAUAAGCAAUGGUAUAUACUUUAAAGCAUCUGGUAUUAAUACAGCAUGGCAGAUAAGAAUGUUAUUUCCGUUAUUAGAGGAUGUGGUAAAUAUUCUUCAUAUAAGCGAGAAUGAAGAUGAUGUUAAAAUUUGUGAUGUAAUUAGUUCUAUGGAAUUAUCAAUUAAUGCAGCCAGUGACAGCUUACUUAGGUUUAAUCCUUACUACUUCGAUAUGAAGUCUGUGAAUUUCAUACAAGAAAAUCUUUUCAAUUCAAUUACGCAGCUCUUAGAAGUGUUCAAGCACAUGUCUAUGACAUUGAAGGAUAAUGUAGAGAGUCUUGAAUCACUUUUCAAUUCUGUUUUGCACAAUCUGGAUUUUGAAGACAAAGCAAAAGGCACACUGAAUAUUGAUAUGCAAAGAUCUGAGGAUAAAGAAUUCGUUAAUGAGGUGGCAAUUAGUAUGCAUGUCCUGAAGAAAACAAAAGACCAUAUCUCGAAUAUCGUGACAUCAUUGAAGAAGUUUUAUGAUGGAAAUUUUAAAGAUUCAAAUAUAUUCAAUGACAGCCUAUACACUGACCCAUGGAAUAAUCUAAUGAAAUACAGAGAGUCCUUGUACGUAAAUUCCAAUGAAGAUUAA